CCUCUUUUUCAGAACGUAUUAGGUUUCGCAAACAGUUAAUUUCAUCUCUUCAGCUUUAUACUUGCAAGUAAGCUUAUCACUCCACUUGAUAUAUCGCUUGACUCCUCGACUAUUGAUCUGUGGAAUGUCCGCUGUUUUAGGACUAUUCUUAAUAAUGACAGCAGUAUGUGAUUCAAGAAAGUGCUUGAAAGAUUCCUCAAAAACUCCAUGGCCCAUGGCUGCACCUUCAUGAUGUGAAUCUCCCAUUCCACCACAUCCCAAAAGUGCUCUAUUGGAUUGAGAUCUGGUGACCAUGAAAGCCAUUUAAGUACAAUGGAUUCAUUGUCAUGCUCCAGAAACCAGUCAGAAAUCAAGACCCACCUAACUAGGCAACAUUUUUCCAAUCUUCCAUAGUUUCAUUCUGGUUCUGCGGGUUCAGACAGCAACAUUAUAACACAUUAUGUAGCUCUGGGACGACCUGCAUUUAUACAGCUGAUAAAUGGAGCCAGUGGCUAUGAGCUAACACUCAGAAAGGAUGGAAAUCAGGUCUUCAGGUUUAAAAAGGACGACAUUAAUUUUCAAGAAAAUUGGGGAUCUCAAUUUAAUUUUUAUACAAAUGGCACCUUGAUGAUCAUCAAGGCAGAAAGAAGUCUUUCUGGCAUUUAUACUUUGGAAGUGUUUCACUUGAAUGGCACAAAUAUACCGAGUGAAAGAUUCCUCUUGAUCAUUGAAGAGCCUGUAACCCCCCCAGCUCUGUCUCCACUCUGCCUGCCCCACGGAGAGCUGAGGGUGUCCUGCUCCUCCCCAGUUGGGGAUAAUCCCCAGUACUCCUGGCUUCUGGAUGGUUUGCCCCUGAAUCACUCCAGGCCCGUUUAUGAUGAUGGGAAAAGAGCUGUCAUUCUGGGAAAGAACACGUCCGGAAAGCUCACCUGUACGGCCAAGAAUAACGUCAGCAAGGCAAAUACCACAGAGAUGCUCCCCAGCUGUGCAGGACUUGGACCAGUUGUAAACUGCACCUUGACUAAUGGUACAGAGAUCGCAGUAAGAAUGAAUGCUACACUGGGCCCUUCUCUGUUAUAUAAUAUGAACAUACUCUUCACUGUCGAUGGGAGAGAGACACUGGCUGCUGUUUGUAAUGCGAGUAGCCAGCAAACAGGAAAAAAAAAUGAUAAUCAUUCAGUUGAUAUGAUGCCGAUGCUUUUGGCAGCACUGGGAACAGUGGUCCUACUCCUCGUAUUAACAGUGGUGGUAUACAGUUACUGCAGGAAGAGACCCCACGUGCAGGCAGAAGAGAUUAAACCUGACACUGAAGAACUGACAUACGCUCAGGUCACAUUCAACAAGAAUAAGAGCAGGAGAGAGAAGAGGGCUGAACCGGAGGUGGUGUAUGGGGAGGUCAGGAAAUAAUCUAAGUGGCACCUUUGGCACAACAAGGACGUUAUGUAUGUAAAAGUGUAUAUGCAAAGUAUAGUAUUAGAGAUGGUUUCAAAGAGCAAAAUAUGUGCCAUGUGAGAAAAUGGAAUAAUUUUUAUUUUUGUUUCCCAAUUUGUAUUUAUAAAAAUGAUCUUCAGUCCAUUUUCCUGGGAAGGUUUUGCAAUUUUAUACCAAUUACUUGAUUGGGUUUUUGCAUCACAGAAUGCUCAUCCAGUUAAUAAAACAAGCUGUACUUUAUUAAUUGCUCUCCUUCUUAAUUUUCGCCCUGUUUUUCUGAAAUGGCCGUUUAAUCCCAGCUCAAGUCUCCCCCCACCAAAGUAAAACGCCCCCACCGACCUGAGCAGGCUGACGGCCACAGCACGCCGACCCUGUAAUAUGUCCUGUCAGCCUCAUGUCCUGCUCUGACAGCUAAAGGUACAAUGACCCACGUAACACACUUGGUGGAAAGCGCUACUGGCUGGACUCCCUGCCCUGAGGCUGCCGGUGCUCUCUGGGCUCCUACUGACCGCUGAUGUGGGCUGGGGGAGAUCAAACUGGGAUCCCGGCUGUAGGAGGCCCCCUACUGGUGAGAGGCAGAGUAACACAGCUGGCUGAGCCUCCCAGUGCCGGUGCUCUCUGGGCUCCUACUGACCGCUGAUGUGGGCUGGGGGAGAUCAAACUGGGAUCCCGGCUGUAGGCCCCUGCUUUGCUUUACCUGCCACUAGGAAAGCCCCUUGAUUUCAGCAUUGUAUUUUGUAUUUUUUGUAUUAUGCUUUGUAUCCCUUUAUGGUAGCUUAAUCAUUGUAUGUUUAAUUUUUUUUAAGAACUGAUAACUGAACUAUCACUGAAGACCAAGCAGAAUUGUACAGGUGUCUGUUUUGAAUCAUAUUGCUGAGAAAAACCUGCAUUUUUAUUCAUACUCAAGCUAUUAUUUAAGAAAUAAAGACAACCUGGUAAAAUA